AUGGGUCGCUACACAGGACGGAGCAGCCGGCUUUUCUUCAUGUGCAUUGUGACGUUUAUGCUUUUUGUGGGCGAAAUGGUGGUGGGCUACAUAGGUAACUCCCUCUCUCUCACGUCGGACGCUUUUGCUGUCCUGUCUCACCUGAUCUCUAUGAUCGUUGGCUUGCUGGGCGUAAGAGUCAGCCGCAUUCGGUGGCACAAGAACGGCACCUUUGGCUUCCCCCGGGCUGAUGUGGUGGGUGCAUUUGGCAACUCUGUCUUUGCCACGGCCCUCAUGUUCAGCAUCCUGAUCGAAGCCCUGAAGAGGUUCCUCAAUCCACAGAAGACCGAAAAUGCGCUGUUUGUCCUAAUCGCUGGACUUGUGGGGCUGUUCUUCAACGCAGUCAAUUAUGUCGUCUUUCUGGACUGUUGUUACUGCCGUGACUCUUUUGACCAAGACAUGGAAACGGGUAAGGAAUUUUUAAAAAUCACUAUCUUGUCCAUAACUAAUACUUCUAGACAUAGGUUGACACUUUAUUAAAGGGUGGUUUUUUUGGGGGGGGGGGUUGCUCCUUGAUGCAGACCCUAAACUUUUUAAUAGUUCGAUAUGUGGCAUGAUCAAAAGCAGUCAUGUGUUGGCCUUUUUUUAAGUAACAAAAAAUUAUUACAAUGCAUCACAAGCCACAAGCUUUUUGCAAGUUACUGAGAACCACCAGUCCUUACCAGUGUGGCAUUUCCUCUUAUCAAAACACAACUCAGUUACAUUUGGAAGCAACCCUAACUACUUCUAUUGGAAAUAUAACUUUGAGGCUAUGGAUAUUUUCCAUUAGCUUUGAUGAAAUCAUGGCUAUUCAGCUGAGUCUAUACUCUUCAGAGGUGGAAUGACUGGUAAUUUAAAACUAAACGAAUUCUAUCGCUGUUUGGUUAGUCUGAGCCUUUCCCAGAAUAUUUAAUCAGUAUGCUUUCCAUUAAUAUUUUUCUUAGGCUACUCAAUUAGAGAAGGCCCAGUGAUAACACCCUUUCCUGAUUUAGGUGAGUCUUGA